CGUGGGACUUCGUUAGUUAGUUGGAGGCAAAGGUUCCGAUGAGACUGUUCAUAGUGCUGAGUGUUUGCGUAGUUCUGGCAUCGGCCGGGUACGGCGGCGGCGGUGGCGGUCACGCAUCGUCUUCGGCAUCAGCCUCGGCUGGAGCUAUAGCGGGCGGCGAUGGUGGCGGUAAAUUUGGAGGUGGCCCUGGAUCAGGAUUUGGAUUUGGCGGUGGACUUUCUGGACCAGGAUUGGGCGGUGGAAGUCAUGGCGGUCCCUUUGGAAGCGGCGGUCAGCACGGCGGAGGCUGGACCGGUGGAGACAGUGGUGCAGCUGGAGGAUCUGGCGCAUCUUUAGCUGGUUCUAAUGCAGUGAGUGCAGCUGGUGCCCAUGGCGGUGGUGGCGGUGGUGGCGGAGGAGGAGAAUUAUUUGGAGGCGUUGGAUCGACUGGUGGCGGAGGAGGUCACGGACUAGGUGGACUUGGAGGAAGUAGCGGUCAUGGAUCUGGUGGACAUGGCUUUGGAGGCGGUGAACACGGCUUUGGAGCUGGCGGUAGUUCAGCUGGAUCAGGAGUUGGACUGCACGGCGGACACGGAUCUAGAACGCCUGGCGGUGGCUUCGGAGGUGGUCAAAUUGGAGACGACCAAGGAUUUGGACAUCCCGCAAUCGGCAAUGGACAUGGACCAGGGAUUGGUGGACGUCCCAGUCAUGGCGCAGGUCUUUACGGUCCCUUCACUGGAGGCUUUAGUGGCAGCAAGGGUGGCGGAUACGGUGGCGGUUACGGUGGCGGAGGCGGAGGAGGCGGAGGCUAUGGAAAGGGUGGCGGUGGAGCUCACUCAAGCGCCUCCGCGGCAGCUUCGGCCACAGCAUCUGCCGGAAGUGGCGGCGGCUAUCACGGCUAAUAAGCCGUAGCUUUCUACUUAAUUAUCCCUAAUUUCUAAGAUUU